GCGAACAUUAUGAUAUAAAGAUGAUUUGUUUACUGAUCAGCUCAGUAGUGUCCGAUUAUUUCGCGGUGAUUAAACAGAUCGAAAAUGGUGCCAAAAAUAUUUAUAAUUGCUUGUGCUUUGAUACAUUUUUGUAGCGGAGCUUCAGCCCCAUUCAUCACACCGUGCUUAUCCAAUGACGCUGAAUGCAUGAAACAAAACGCCGUGGGAGCCAUCCCUAUAUUUGCUGCUGGAAUACCAGACUUAGGAGUAGAGACAUUAGACCCAUUAUUCUUUAAACACGUCGACUCCAGUUCGCCUAGUCUGAAGUUCAUACUGAGUGACAUCACUGUGACCGGCUUGAAGACAUGCAAACCGAACAAGAUUCAGCGUGAUGUAGCCAACAACAAGAUUCACUUGCAACUGAGUUGUGUCGCGAGCUUGGACGGAGACUACGAGCUGAAGGGUCAGGUGCUCAUCCUAAAGAUAGAAGGAAAAGGAAAGAUUCAUGUAUUACUAAGGAAAUUGGUGAUCGACGUAGAUUUGGAUGUUACUGAAAAGGUUGGAAAGGAUGGUGAGAAGUACCUCCGCAUCAAGAAAUUCAAUCACACUUACACCUUAAAAGAAAAGUCUGAUGUUGUCUUCGAGGGUCUGUUUGCGGAUAACGACGUACUGAGCAAGGCGGCUGAUGACCUUAUCAAGAACAACGGAAACGACGUUGUCAACGAAAUUGGAGGUCCUAUGUUCGAAGCAACAAUAACUAAGGUUACACAGAACAUCAACAACUUCUUCGGCAAAGUUCCCCUUUCACAACUCAGCCUCGAUUGAAUUGUGAUCAGUGAUAUUAAUAUUUAUGUAACUUAAAACUUGUUAGUUUUAUGUUAAGCACCGAAAAAUUGUUUGUUCAAAUAAAUGGUAAAAAGUUUUAUUAAUUUAGAA